AUGGGAGGGAGAGGAGGGGAGGCAAAGGGAGAGCAUUUUGUUGAACCAAUAGUGGUCCUAAAGAGGAGUCCCAGGAAACAAUCACAAAAGAAACCUACCCCAGAAAUUCAAGCCAUUCAAACCCCAGUCAAUCCCACCCCACAAAUUCCAACUCCAGUCAACCCAACCCCACAAAUUCCAACUCCAGUCAACCCAACCCCACAAAUUUCUGACCAUGGAAAGACAUCUGACAUAGCUGGUUCAUCUAGGUCUUCUAAGGUUUUCCCUAUAAUUAAAAGGAAGGUGCCUUUGACAACUGCUAGGAGGAAAGGUCUGCAACUUUCUGUUAGUGAGGGAAGCAAUAGUUUGAGUCAAGGGGUUAAGAGUAGAAGGACAAAUGCACUCACUGUUAAUUUAGGUGAUGAUGAUCAGAAUUUAGGGAGUGAUGAUGAUGAUGAUGAGGAAGACAAUUAUGAACCUACUGGGGGUGAUGAGAAUGAGGACAAUGAGGAUGAGAGCCUUGAUGAAGAAGACCAAGAAGAGGAAGUUAGUGGGGCUAUUAUUCAUGAUAAUUUUGAUCCAUUUGAGGCUGAGGUGUUUGAUGAUGGUGAUGAUGAUGAUAAUUACUUCAUGAGGGAUGUGGUGAGGGAUUAUUGCAUCCAAUGUGGUUUUUCUGUGGUAGUUGAUAAGGCAACAAACUUGAGGUAUACUGUACUUUGCUCUGCUGAAGGAUGUGAAUGGAGGUUGCAUGCAUCCAAGCUACCUGAUGGGGUUACAUGGGCUAUUAAGUCCAUAAGAAAUCCCGAGCAUACUUGCAGUGGGUUGGAUGUGAAUAACCCUAUGAUGGCUAUAAGCACACUGUACAGGGUUAAGCAUAAGGCAUUGGCUGAAAUUCAUAGCUCUCAUGAUGAGUCUUAUGCUUUUUUACCUAAGUACUGUGAGAUGAUCAAGUCAACCAAUCCUGGGUCAUCUGCAUUUUGUGCUUGGGUUGAGUUACAGGAGCCUGAAAAACCAUUGGCCUGUAGAAGCUUGAUAGGGGUAGAUGGUGCACACCUUAAGGGAAAUUAUGGGGGUGUGUUGUUGUUUGCAGUGGCUUUAGAUGCCAACAAUGAGUUGUACCCUUUUGCAUGGACCAUUGAAUCUGGGGAAGAUACAAACACUUGGUGCUUUUUUGUGUGGCAUCUGAAGAACAUGUUGAAGGAUCUUGGAAGAGAGGACAACUGGUGCAUAAUCUCGGAUAUACAGAAGGGGAUUGAUUUGGCAUUAACUGAGUUAUGGAAUGAAGUUGACAGAAGGUACUGUUGUAAGCACCUUGUGGCAAACUGGAAGAAAGAAUUCCCAAGGCCAUUGUUGUUUUCUCUUUUCUAG